AUGGAAAUGGAAAUAGUUUCCGAUGAUGACGCAUGCGGGGUUAACAAUUCCCACAACACAGUGCGCAGAAUCAUGUCUGAGGGUAUCCUUCAAAAUGAUGACGGCGAUGCAGAAAAGUUUGACCCCUAUCGUGCUCUGGAACGAUCCCAGUCAGAUGCUUCUCUAAUUCAGAAUUAUGAAAGUGGAAUAACCACAUCAGUUGAUUCGGGGGACGAUGACAACGUCCGUGUUCGGAACAUAGGCCACAAAGUGUCCGAGUGUUCGACAGUGUAUUACGAUUUGUCCAAGGCUGUUGAAUGUGAGGUUAGCAAAACUCAGAAGGUGCGGCCUCGGACACCACGUGCUCUGGAGACCAUACCGCAGGACGAAGAACUGCAGAUCGAUAAACCAGUGAAGAACUUCUCAAGAUCGAUAAGCAGUGAAAGUACGUCAAGUAUUUACGAGGAUACGUCGACUUACACACAGAAAAUGUGCAAGGAAGAGAAAAGUUACAGCUAUUCUUCAUCCUCCACCUCGAUGAAGUACACAAAAUCUGGUAACCAAGAGGAACAAGUUAUCACCAAGAGUAAAACAACCCUCAAAUCCUCCAUGCAGUUGUACUCAACAGAACUCCGAGAAAAAAUCCACAUUCUGCACUUGGGUUCAGCACCUGAGCAGAUAAGUGCACUCCGAGAGAUGCUAGUCUUAAUCGAAAGAGCUUGGUCAUCGCCUGUAUAUGGUCGGGACCUAGCCUACGGACUCUGUGACAUUAUACGAAUGGAAGGUGCUCUGGACCGGAUUGUCAACAACUGCGGUUCCUCCAACAAGGACUUACUGCGGGCUUCGGGCCGAGUCCUCGAGCAGAUUAUGACCACUGAAAACCGGGAAGCAGUGGCCAAAAACGGUCUGGAGACAGUUGUCAAGAUGACGUACAACACAAAAAAUAUGUGUGAUAUGGCCCGCACCUCAACAGGAAUUCUUGAGAGCCUUUUCAAGACAUCAGAGGGAACAUGCAGUGAAGUGAUCAAACUUGGCGGUUUGGACGUUGUGCUGCACUGGUGUCGUUACUCUGAUCGCUUGACCCUUCGACACUGCGCCUUUGCCCUGGCAAAUUUAGCCUUAUAUGGAGGGCCAGACAACCAGGAGCUGAUGAUUAAGCAUAAAGUUGCUGAAUGGUUGUUUCCUUUAGCAUUUAAUGACGAUGACAGUAUUCGUUACUAUGCCUGCCUUGCGAUUUCGGCUCUUGUGUCUAAUAAGGAAAUCGAAGCAGCAGUUGUCAAGUCUGGUACAAUGGAUUUGGUGUUGCCUUUCAUUGAGAAUCACACGCCAGCAGAGUUUGCUCAGAGCGACCAGUCACAUCGCCAUGGAAGAGCAAGUGAAUGGCUGAGCAGAUUGAUCCCAGUGCUCUCAAGCAAAAGGGAAGAAGCUCAGGCACUGGCAGCAUUUCACUUUGCCAUGGAGGCAGGAAUAAAAGCAGAGCAGGAACACAAAGAGGUCUUUUACGACAUUGGCUGCAUCAAUCCCCUGAAGCGGCUUGCAAGCAGUCCAAAUGCAACUGCAUCGAAACUGGCUAUUGAAGCCCUACGUAUCAUCGGGGAAGAAAUCCCACACAAACUCACCCAGCAGGUACCCCUCUGGACUUCUGAGGAUGUUUCCUACUGGGUCAAUCAGGUGAGUUAG